CGAAUCCAGACAAGCACCGGGACACCGGGGCCCCUUCCCUGCUCCGGACCCCAGGCAGCCCAGCUCACCGCCGGCGCCCCCCAGGAUGGUAAACCCACCGCCGCGCUCACUGCCCGCCUGGAGCUGAACUCGGUGCUCUCCUCCGUGCCAGAAUGAUUCCCGUAGCCGAGUUCAAGCAAUUCACCGAGCAGCAGCCGGCUUUCAAAGUCCUCAAGCCCUGGUGGGAUGUCCUGGCGGAAUAUAUCACGUUUGCCAUGCUCAUGAUUGGGGUCUUUGGAUGCACCCUGCAGAUAACUCAGGACAAGAUUAUCUGCCUCCCGAACCAUACCUCGGCUGAUGAAGUGUCCCAAAUCUCAUGCAAAGAGUUCACUCAAACUACUCCGUACGCUAAAGAAAAUGACUCUCUAUCUCCAACCCCCACUGUAAGCUCCUCUCGGGAGAUGACGGGUCUGCGGAACAAUCUGGAUCUUCAGCAGUACAGCUUCAUCAACCAAAUGUGCUACGAGACGGCGCUCCACUGGUACGCAAAGUAUUUUCCGUACCUCGUGGUCAUUCACACCCUCAUCUUCAUGAUCUGUGGCAACUUUUGGUUCAAAUUUCCAGGCACCAGCUCCAAGAUCGAACACUUCAUCUCCAUCCUAGGCAAGUGCUUUGACUCUCCAUGGACAACUCGAGCCUUAUCGGAGGUGUCGGGAGAGCACCCUCAAGGGAAAAAAGCAGAAGAAGAGCUCGCCAAGCCCAACUUUGAAGAAAACAGCCCCGUGACCACAGGACUUCCAGUCCCGGAAAAAAUUGUGGCUGAGAGUUCUGCAGCUGGUGUCCUGGACAAGAAAGAGGGGGAGCAGGCAAAGGCAUUGUUUGAGAAAGUGAAAAAGUUUCGCCAUCAUGUGGAAGAAGGUGACAUUCUCUAUUCUAUGUACAUGCGACAGACCAUGCUAAAAGUCUUCAAAUUCGUGCUCAUUAUUGUUUACAAUGCCGCCUUAGUAGGGCAGAUUCACUUUAUUGUCCCCUGUAGUAUCCGCACGGAGGAAAUGACGGGCUACAACAGUUUCUGCUGCAAUCAUACAAAAGCUCAUCUCUUCUCUAAACUGGCGUUUAGUUAUUUGUGCUUCCUGGGUGUUUAUGGAUUGACGUGCGUCUACACCCUCUACUGGCUAUUUAGGCGCCCGCUAAAGGAGUAUUCGUUCCGGUCUGUGAGAGAAGAGACUGGGAUAAGCGAUAUCCCAGACGUUAAGAAUGACUUUGCGUUCGUUCUUCAUUUGGUGGAUCAGUAUGACUCUCUCUACUCCAAGAGAUUUGCAGUCUUCCUCUCUGAGGUCAGCGAGAGCAGGCUGAGGCAACUUAACUUGAACCAUGAAUGGCCAGCAGAGAAGCUGAGGCAGAAGCUUCAGCAAACAUCAGAUGGAAAGAUGGAGUUGCACCUCUUCAAGCUAUCAGGCUUGCCUGACACAGUCUUCGAGGUGACUGAAACAGAGUCUCUCAAGCUGGAGAUGCUCACUGAGGCAGUCAUUCCUCCUUUAGUCACCAAACUAGUUCGGCUAGAAGAACUGAGCCUUUACAACUGCUCAGCGAAAGUACAGCAUGCCUCCCUGGUGUAUCUCAGAGACAACCUUCGAGUCCUUCAGAUCAAGUUUGAUGAUGUCAAAGAGAUACCACUCUGGGUCUUUAGUCUCCGAGCGUUAGAGGAGCUCCACUUGUUUGGGUGCCUUUCCCAGGACUUAUCGAAAACUGCCACCCUGGAAAGCUUGAAGGAACUGAAGAGUCUUAAAGUGCUGACAAUCAAAAGCAACCUCUCUAAGGUGCCCCAAACCAUCACAGAGGUGGCCAGCCACCUGCAGAAGCUUAGCAUACACAACGAUGGCACAAAGCUUUUAACACACACCGCACUGAAAAGGCUCUCAAUACUCAAAGAACUAGAACUGAUUCGUUGUGAUUUAGAGAGAAUCCCGCAUGCCGUCUUCAGCCUCAACAACUUACAAACUUUGGACCUGAAAGAAAACAGCCUGCACACCAUCGAGGAGAUAAUAAGUUUGCAGCAUUGUCGGAAACUUACCGUCCUACGGCUGUGGUACAACCAAAUUGCCUACAUCCCCGAACACAUCCGGAAACUGAAGAGUCUGGAAGAGCUGUGUUUGAAUCGCAACAAGAUUCUAGUGUUGCCCCCUCAGCUUUUCUUGUGUACUAAGCUUAGACAUCUUGACCUGUCCUACAAUGAAAUCAGGGAGUUGCCUCCUGAGGUUGGGGUCUUACAGCUUCUUCAGUACCUUUCAUUGACUGGCAACUUUCUGGAAGAUCUCCCCAAUGAGCUGUUCUUCUGCCAGAGGCUGAAAACUCUCAAGUUGGGACAAAACAGGCUGGCAAGCCUUUCUCCCAAGAUUGGGUCUCUCUCGGCCCUAGUUAGACUGGAGCUGAAGGGCAACACAUUAGACUUUUUGCCCCCGGAAUUAGGAAACUGUGUUGGGCUAAAGAAAUCUGGCUUAUUGGUAGAAGACUUGUUGUUUGAUGCUCUCCCCUCCGAUGUCCGAGGAAAACUGGGAGAGGAAUAAAAGUGCAAAGAAAAAAAAA